UACUACGACUCUCCCAACGAAGCUCGACUCCUCUUCCAGGUUCCGACGAAUCGCGCAUCUUUCAUGCGCAGGCAUGCCGGGAAAAGUGUCAGAACAGGCUCCUGCCUCCUCGACAGCCCGCAGAGCAAAGGGUCAUGAGGCCAGCACUAAAGGUCGCCCUGAGGAGCCCAAGACGAGGAGCAAGGUUGCGGGUCCGCCCGGGACAGCCGCGGCAAAGCGGCGCACCGUCGCGUCGACAUCGGCCGAGAACAUCGUCGGCGCUGUCAAGGUGCCUGCAAAAUGCGUGGCCGCAACGUGCACAGCACUGGCACGCUUGCUGGGUCCCUCAGAGGGCGGUUCCGGACACGCAGCCGUCCAGCAUGAAUCGACGGUCGAGAGAGCACCGAUAGAUACCCUUGGAUCAGAAGCCAAGAAGGUCCGACUGGCCAAGCUCGUCGUCAACGGCGUCCUGACUUCUUUGAACGAGCUCAUGAAAAGUGACUGGCAGGCGAAUUCGACAGACGGCAGAUCGCAUUCCCUUCUUGGCUCGACGUCGUCCUCAAAGGCCAGUUCUACGUCUGGCUCAGCGCGCAGCAGCCCUGCUCCGUCGCAACGUUCGCAUGCAGCGUCAUCUUCAGCCACACCCAAGGUAGCCAAGACCGUGCUCAAGAAGGCAGCACUCAAGGACGUUUCGCCGAACGGAGAUGUAUCAACAGCCAAUGUACGAGCGCUGGUCGACUGUUACCGCGUUGCAACCCGCUUCCUGCUUCAAGUCCAGGCUUCGUCGUCUGAGGCAGAGGCGAAAGAGAACAAGGACAUAGAGAUCGAGAGCGUCAUGGUGUCUAUUGUGUCCAAGCUGGUUGGACUUGGCCUGCUUGCCAGUGCCGAUGCCGAGCUGCGCUUCCUGCACAAAGCAGUAUCAUGCUUGUAUCAGAACGAUUACGUGGAGCCCAUGGAGCUUUACCUCUUCGCCAUUCCACGGCCAGAGACGCCUGUCCCAACGAAACUCGAAAAUCUCAUCCUAGAUCUUCAGUCGCUUUCCCUCACCUGCAUUCUCUCCUCAGCAUCGCUAGCGGACUUGGCACGUCAUGCAAGGCUCGUCCACGACCAUGCAAGCGGGCCGCUAUCGUGGCAGAGGUAUGUUCGAAGGGCGGACAGCCCGAGCGCUGCUUUCUCGGCCGACCAGGCUUCGUAUCAUGUCGAACGAUCCAUCGGUCGCUGUUUGGCUCGAUUGAACGACGAUAUCGCUUCUUCGUCCCACGCGUCUUCGCUCUUGGAGGCCACUUUGGAGGUGAGAAAGGUGUCGCUCGACUUUCUCAUGCUCGUGUCCGACCUCGAUGUCGAUGCGUUCUGGGACCGGUGCAGCCGCGUCGGAAUCAGCUACUUUCGCGGCAGGAUGACAGCAGAGGGCAGCGAUGCAUCGCAGAGAGCGCAAGCCUUUGCCGCCGUCGACGACGUCUUCAGGGAUCUGGUCCAGCUCUCAAACCAGGUGCGAAGCGAUGUGCGAAUGAAGUCGGUGACCGGAUUCGACAAGUUCUGCGAGACGUGGAUGGAUCUUGCCAAGAGGGCAGGCAUGUCGUCGGCGAUCGACCGCAUCGCUUCGCUGGCGGCUUCGGUGGGGCCCGGCUCAGGCGAGGUUGAGCCCAUGGCUUCUUCAAGUGCUCUAAAGACGAAUGCGCAAGUGGACGCCUGCAUGUCUCACUCGGAAGCCUCAGCAGCGCUAGCGAAGGGAGUCAUAGCGCUCGAGCAAGUCACCUACAGCGAAGCUAGUCUUGCCGAUGUCGAAGUUAUCUUGGCGACGACAGUGGUGGCUAUUGACGCGACAUCGCGCGAACAGAAGUCGCUCAUGGAUUCGAAGACCCUCCGUUCCGUCGACCAGCUUCGGAGGAGGGCGCUCAAGCUUCUCGAUGCAGAAACUAACAAGAGUCAAGAAGCGGGCGGAUCACAGGCGACGCUGGCUUCGGUCGUAGACGCCCUUCGACCAGUCGUUUUAGCCAUCGUGUCUCGUCUCGAAGCAUGCUUGCGCGAGGUGCCGCGGAACGAAUGGGAGGGCAAAGACGAGAGCGAGCAGCCGGCUGCUAUGCUGGCAGGCGUUGUCCAGGCGAUGAGAAUUUUGUCGCAUUCGACCUUUUCCCCUGGAGACAAGGCAGCAGUCGACGCAUGUGAGCAACAUAUGGCAAAGUGUCGACAGCUCAUCGGAGGGAACGCGGAGAAACUAGAGUGCAGCCUGAUCGACGAUGAAGCCCGGUCCGAGAACCUGUACUUUGUCUCAUCCAGCAUGUGGCACUUUGGUGGCAGGCUCUACAACGAUGCGAAGUACCAGGAUGCGCUGCGCUUUCUCCGGCCUUCCUGCGAGAUGGCCGACGUUGCAGUCAGCUUGGCAGGAGUAGAAAAGGGGCAGCGGACAAAGUGGUCACCAGAGAAGGCGCGCGAAGGCCUCCCUAAGCGCUGGUCACAGCUUGCUUCAUCGUAUAACAUGACGUUGCAGCCUCGACUGGCCCUCCAGGCGUUCACCAGGGCGCUCGAACACCUUUCCAAGGACACCUGGCCGACUGUGUCUGCUGCGUCCUCUUCAACAGCCAUCUGCGACAUCUUCACAUCCGACGAGCUCAGCAGCACAUUGGCUCAGAUGGCCAAGCAGACUGUCGAUGCGUUUUCGUCUGCCGAGACAUACGAGCAAGAGGACGACAGGCUUCCCUGGCUCAUUCACCUCAGCAAGACCGACGAAAAUGCAUUCGCGGUAUGCCUGGAGUAUUGCCUUUUGUCGCUUGACAAUAGCCUCCAUCGCACGGGUGCGCCAAGAGCAGCUUUCGCAUUCAUCUCUGUUCUCGAAUCAUUGUACAAGAGCGAAAAGAAUCCUCUGCGGAGGGCACGAGUGCUUCUCCGGAGACUCGAGCUUCGAGUCCUUCUGGGUGGCCCGGAAACCGUCCGAGAGAGCGACAAAGAUGUCAGUCAGCUGGUUGACGAGAUUCGAGCACUGCUCUAUGACAUGGACCUGCAAGACGACGCAGGUCUAGCUCGAUAUCGUUUGCAAUACCAGGCCACACUCGAGCUUUUGCUCACGCUCUGUAGACAGCAGGCACGGUCUACGGCAGCACAGCAAAGUGUUGUUCACAGCGCCAAGGCCGCAAAUACGGCGCUGCGCAGGAUUUCGGAAAACAGUGAUACAGAUUACAAGGACAAGACAAUCAAGAAGAAGGCCGGGGCCAAGAAUCGGCCUUUAAAGGUCACUCAAGCGCCGAGGCAGGCCAAGGCGACACCGCACUCUGCUUUACCGAUCACUCCGCCCUCAAAGAAGCUCACCAAUGGCACGACACAGGUAAUGCCUCAGUCGCCCGCCUUGGUUGCAGAUGCGGCAACAUACGACGACAUUGAGCGGCUGUGUUCGCUGAUCGAGUUGGUGUAUGAAGCCAUCAAUGCGUUUGGACAUACGCUGGCAUCUGUCGAGCUGCUCAAGGUGCUCCGCCGACUCAACCUGACGAGCCGAGGCCUCAAAGGACGGGACGGGUAUUUGAAAGCUUCUGCUGAUCUCACUCGACAGUACCUGCUCUUGGGCAAAUUAAGUCGGGCCGAAGCGGUCAUCAAACCCAUCGUGGAACGCGACCUGCAGCGAAAAGACUGGGGCAUCUCGGAGAACACGAGAGCUCGAUGUCUCUUCGCACAUGCCGACAGUCUCUGCUACGCAGGCCGAAUCGAAGAGAGCACGGCGACGUACGAUGAGGCAGUCGAGAUCGCAUCACAAAUCCAGCCGUCGGCGACCAAGAAUAGUGUUCAGGCGUUUGUCGAAAGGUGUCAAGGGUACGAACGGCAGGCGCUAGCGUAUGACAUUUGCGCUUCCAUACAAUACGCCAAAGGAGACUUGACGGCGGCCAUUGCGGCGGCAAUUGAGAGCGUGCGAUUCGCUAGCAAGACAAGCAACUCGCUGGCCAAGCUGACAGGUCCAAAAGAGCAAGCAAACAAUGGCUCGCCAUUUGCUGAUCGAUUGCCGUCUGAGGCAGAGGGGCAGCACGAGGCAUCGAAGCACGCUCAAUCACCCAAGCUCAGCUCUUGGUCCCUUGCCACUGCUCACUGGCGUACCAUCAAGAUGCUGCUCCUUUCUUACCUUCGAGUCAGUCGUCUCAACAUGUAUCGAGGUACUGCGCGCGAUGCAGAAGCCUAUGCGAGCGAGGCCGUUGCGUUUGGAGCUUCUCUGAACAUUCCCCUCUCGGUAUGCCAAGCGCUUAUCGAACGAGGAGGAGUGAGGAUCCAGAUGGCACAGACGGAGACCGGAGAAGCCGACUUGGACCAGGUCAUGUCGCUGCUCGAAGACGAUUGGAUCCCCGAAGCCGUGUCGAUGACGUGCAUCCGCGGUGAUCGGAUGAGCCGUACCGAUGCCCUGCCAGAGGCCCUCAAAUUCUACGUUGAAGGACAAGACAUCCUCGGCUCUCUCAGCACGGCUUUUGCUGAACUCGACUCUAUUUUGCCGUCGCCAAGGCAGCGUAAUGAUGGGAAAUCCCCUCAAAUUGCGCUCACAGGCCAUGAGACGCUUUUGCCACGGGUGAAAGCUCGUCUGCUGAGGAGGCAAGCAUGGCUCCUUGAGCUCAUGGGUAGGAACACCGAGAGCCAAGAGUUCCUGGAGCAGGCGAUGCUGUUCGAGACAGCGAGUCAACCGGCAAGCGUCGAGGACGCACUCGUGGCUGGAAGAAUCGCAAUUCGACAAUCGAUGCAAAAGCUGCGCGCCGAUCAGGUCUUCGGCAUGCUAGCUGAGUCUUCCCUCUCUUUACCCAUGAUGUCGAGAGGUGUAAAGGCGAAAGAGUCUUCUGCAUCAAAGAGUGGCUCGGCGGUGAAGGCAGCUGUCAAUUCACUCUCGUCGGCGAAUGCCACCUUUACUGAGGCGCUCCAGGGAUGGAGUCAGCGAUGCGGCGAAUCGACCGAAGUGAGGGACACCAUAGCCCACCUGUCAACGAGCAGGCUGCUACACGCCACAUUGAGCCGCAAGUCCAUGGGUCAGCAUCUCGCCACGAAUCUCUGUGACCUCAUCGAUGCUGGCGCAUCUGUUACACUUCAGAGGGAGCUCCUUGAUGCGAUCGAGUCCAAGCUCAGGCCAAGAGAGCUCGAGGCUCGCCAGUGGUUCCAAUUUUGCGGAUUUGUCCCCAGCAAGACUAAAGCUGGCCAAUCCUCGCCAUCGAUUAAGUCUAACCCGUCGUCAGAGAGUGGAGAGCCUGGAACGAGGCAGAGCUAUUGGCGCGAUGUGGCAAGGCGUCACCAGCAGCUCGAGCUCGAUCAGAGGUCCAGCGUGGUGCACCCGCGAUUGCCGCCGACAUGGACCGUGGUUUCGAUCACAGUAUCGCCCGACCGGGAUCACUUGAUACUGAGCCGGCGCGGCGGGGCACAGGAGCCCAUCGUCUUCAAUCUACCCAUCGACCGACAGAGCCGUCGCGAGGGAGAAGAGGAGGCGCUCACAGUCGACGCUGCCCUCGAGGAGCUCCGUGACAUUGUCGAAGAAAGCAACCACGCAACGCAUGCGGCAAAGGAUCUCGAAGGCUUGGAGGCCAGGAAACAGUGGUGGUCGCAGCGGAGGGAGCUCGACGCUCGUCUCAAGGUGCUCUUGGAGGGCAUCGAGACGACAUGGCUGGGAGCCUUCAAGAGCGUCUUUUUGCCGAGCACGGGCGCGUCCGACGAAGAGCUGGACACGCUUAGAGCCUCUCUGAACGCCAUUCUUGGCCAGUCGCUGACGGCGGCUAGCCCACUGUCGGGCAGCAGCAGCAAACGCGGUCGCGCCGUCGGCGCUGCUGGCGGCGGGAGCAACGAUACGAACGCCGUCAAGCUCGAUGACGCAGUCCUUGAAUGCUUCGCGAGGCUGACAUCCAGCGAGACGACAGAUGAAGACCUCGAGGAUAUGCUGCACUUCAUUAUGGACGCAUACCAAUUCAAUGGCGUGCCAGUCGCAGUCGACGAAGUGGACCUCGAUCAGAGUGUCGUCGAUGUAAGGAGCGCCUUGGAGUCGCUGCGGAGCAAGCGCAGCCAGCGGAGGCAGAGACAGAAACUGGAAGAGGAGGAAGAGGAGGAAAACGAUGCGCAUCUUUUCUUGAUUCUCGAUCGAGACACUUGCGCCAUUCCAUGGGAGUCGAUCCCAACGCUUAGAUCUCGUGCCGUCAGUCGUAUUCCCUCGAUGGCCUUUCUUGAGGACCGUCUCGUAGAGCUGCGAGGGGCACGAGGCAAGACCAUCGACAUCGAAAUGGCGAAGAAGUUCUACCUCAUCAAUCCAGCUGGGGAUCUGACCAGGACCCAAGAGCGCUUCGAGCCGCUUUUGACUAAAGAUGGAAAGGGGCAGUGGACAGGCAUCGCCGGACGAACUCCUCUGCUGGACGAAUACGCCAAUGCACUCUCGUCCAAUGAUGUCGUUGUCUACUUUGGCCACGGGGGGGCAGAGCAGUACAUCCGAUCCCACAAGCUCAAGUCACUGCAGCAGUGCGCCGUCACUAUGCUGUGGGGAUGCUCAAGCGCAAUGCUCAGGAAUCAGGGCGACUUUGACCGGUGCGGAACAGCAUACAAUUACGUCAUGGCGGGCUGCCCAGCCCUUGUGGGCAAUCUCUGGGACGCAACGGACCGUGAGCUCGAUGGGAUCAGCGAGAGCGUCUUGGAGAAGGUUGGUCUCACUGCAGACUCAGCCUCAGGAGUAGUGACGAAGUCAGGUGGAAAGAGGCGCGGAAAUAUGUCGCUGACAAGAGCUGUCGCGGCAAGUCGAGCGGUCUGCAAGCUGCCUUACCUCUCAGGAGCGGCGUGCGUUGUUUAUGGGAUCCCAGUGUAUUUUAGUUGAUUCCUCUUUACCAUGACGGAGAGGCAACAUGCAUGACUAGAGGAAGACCUGCUAAUGACAAGAAGCAUUAUCGGUCUCAACCGCAAGAACUGGUUUGAUGCCUUGCCUGUACGGAGUUCGGUGUAGCAUGCUAGUUGAGAGGAGCUCCCACGGUGUCCAAUCGUUUGCAUUCACUGUCCCCUUCGCUCGUCAGACUAUGGUCGAUGAUGCAAGUUGACCAUCGGGCAUGGCAAUAGGAAGGGAAAUCAAGCCAAGAACAAGCCAC